GAUACCUAGACAAAGGAGACCCAGCAACCCCCCCCCGCGCCCUCCAAGGCGGAUGAACUUCAUCAUCGCUCAAACCCAACCAACCCAACCCAACCCAACCCGAUAAGAUAGACAUGUACGAUGUACAUACAUAUCGGGUGCUAAUAGUGAUGGAUGGAUGGAUGGAUGGAGCGAAGAAAAUUAGUUUGUGGUUGUGGUUGUUGUGGAUGUGGUUGUGGUUGUGGUUGUGGUUGUGGUUGUGGAUGUGGUUGGAUUGGGUGUGUCGUGUCCGCCGCAGACCGGUGCAGGUACUGUACAUCUUCCCCUUCCCGUCCGUCUUCUCCAACCGGAAAGUUUUCUUCAGCUUUUUUUUCUUUCCAAAGGCAAAAAAAAAAGAAAAAGGAAGAAAAAAAAAGAAAAAGGAAGAAAAAAAAGAAAAGAUGAGAAAAAAAGAAAAGAAAAAAAAACAAGCGCGUGCGUGCGCGACGGACAAGUUCGACGGCCCCAAUAUAAAGUUAAAUCCUGCCCCCAAUCAAUCGGCUAAAACCAACCCCAACCAAGCAGCAAAUUGACAUCCCGCCAAAAGAAAAAGAAAGAAAAAAACAAAUAACUGAAAAGAAAAAAAUGUGGAGGGAAGCAUGUAGAUCGAUCGCAUGAAGGGAGUAAGCGACACCAGCAAGCAGCAGGCAGGCAGGCAAGCAGCGCAGCGAGCCGGUAGAUCCAGAAACAAAAAAAAAUGCGGGAAUGAAGGUGAAAAGAAAAAACAGCGGUAAGUAAAAAAGAAAACUCCAAACAAUGUUUGAACAGAUGGACGC